CGCCGCCACCGCCUCCCGAUAUCGUCGCCGCCCCCCGUGCGGGUGCUGCCUCUGCUGCUGCUGCUCGCGGGGCCGGGGGCUGCAGCCUCCCCUUGCCUGGAUGAGAGCCAGUGUGUGAAUGGAGGUCGUUGCACCCAGCUGCCCACGAGGGAGACUGUCUGUCUGUGCCCUUCGGGCUGGGUAGGUGAGCAGUGUCAGCUGGAAGACCCCUGCCAUUCAGGCCCCUGUGCCGGCCGCGGCGUAUGCCAGAGCUCGGUGGUGGCGGGCAUUGCCCACUACUCCUGCCGCUGCCCUCGUGGUUUCCGAGGCCCCGAUUGCUCCCUGCUGGACCCCUGCCUCAGCAGCCCCUGUGCCCAUGGCGCCCGCUGCUCUGUGGGGCCCGAUGGACGCUAUGUCUGCUCCUGCCCGACGGGCUACCAGGGCCGCAGCUGUCGCAGUGACAUCGAUGAAUGCCGGGCAGGUGGGCCCUGCCGCCAUGGGGCCACCUGUCUCAACACACCUGGCUCCUUCCACUGCCAGUGCCCGGCUGGCUACUCGGGGCCACUGUGUGAGAAGCCCGCUGUGCCCUGUGCUCCAUCGCCUUGCCGGAAUGGGGGCACCUGCCGACAGAGUGGCGAGCACACCUAUGACUGCGCUUGCCUCCCUGGGUUUGAGGGCCAAAACUGUGAAGUGAACGUGGAUGACUGUCCAGGACACCGGUGCCUAAACGGGGGGACAUGUGUGGAUGGUGUGAACACCUACAACUGCCAGUGCCCCCCUGAGUGGACAGGCCAGUUCUGCACGGAGGACGUGGAUGAGUGUCAGCUGCAGCCCAACGCCUGCCACAAUGGGGGCACCUGCUUCAACAUGCUGGGCGGGCACAGCUGCGUGUGCGUCAACGGCUGGACAGGUGAGAGCUGCAGCCAGAACAUCGAUGACUGCGCCACAGCCGUGUGCUUCCACGGGGCCACCUGCCAUGACCGAGUGGCUUCCUUCUACUGCGCCUGCCCCAUGGGCAAGACUGGGCUCUUGUGCCACCUGGAUGACGCCUGUGUCAGCAAUCCUUGUCAUGAGGACGCCAUCUGUGACACCAACCCUGUGAACGGCCGGGCCAUCUGCACCUGUCCCGCAGGCUUUACAGGAGGGGCAUGUGACCAGGAUGUGGAUGAGUGCUCCAUAGGAGCCAACCCCUGUGAACACCUGGGCAGGUGCGUGAACACCCAGGGCUCCUUCCUGUGCCAGUGCGGGCGAGGCUACACAGGCCCCCGCUGUGAGACCGACAUCAACGAGUGCUUGUCGGGGCCUUGCCGCAACCAGGCCACGUGUCUGGACCGCAUUGGCCAGUUCACCUGCAUCUGCAUGGCAGGUUUCACAGGCACCUUUUGUGAGGUGGACAUCGAUGAGUGUCAGAGCAGUCCAUGUGUCAACGGUGGCAUCUGCAAGGACCGGGUCAAUGGCUUCAGCUGUACCUGUCCCUCAGGCUUCAGUGGGGCCACGUGUCAGCUGGAUGUGGAUGAGUGUGCCAGCACGCCCUGCAGAAACGGUGCCAAGUGCGUGGACCAGCCCGACGGCUACGAGUGCCGCUGCGCAGAGGGCUUUGAGGGCACCCUGUGUGAGCAGAACAUCGACGACUGCUCGCCAGACCCUUGCCACCAUGGGCGCUGUGUGGAUGGCAUCGCCAGCUUCUCAUGCGCCUGUGCCCCAGGCUACACGGGCACACGCUGCGAGAGCCAGGUGGACGAGUGUCGCAGCCAGCCCUGUCGCCACGGGGGAAAAUGUCUAGAUCUGGUGGACAAAUACCUCUGCCGAUGCCCGCCAGGCACCACAGGUGUGAACUGUGAGGUGAAUAUCGAUGACUGUGCCAGCAACCCCUGCACCUUUGGUGUCUGUCGUGAUGGCAUCAAUCGCUACGACUGUGUCUGCCAGCCUGGGUACACAGGGCCUCUCUGCAAUGUGGAAAUCAAUGAGUGCGCCUCUAGCCCCUGCGCUGAGGGAGGCUCCUGCGUGGAUGGAGAAAACGGCUUCCGCUGCUUGUGCCCCCCAGGCUCCCUGCCUCCACUCUGCCUUCCGCCCAGCCACCCCUGUGCUCGUGAGCCCUGCAGUCACGGUGUCUGCCACGAUGCGCCUGGCGGGUUCCGCUGUGUGUGUGAGACUGGCUGGAGUGGCCCCAGGUGUGACCAGAGCCUUGCUCAGGAUGCCUGUGAGUCCCAGCCCUGCAGGGCCGGUGGCACCUGUAUCAGUGAUGGAGUAGGCUUCCACUGUACCUGUCCUCCUGGUGUCCAAGGCCAGCAAUGUGAGCUCCCGUCCCCCUGCACCCCAAACCCCUGUGAGAAUGGGGGCCGUUGUGAGUCUGCCCCUGGCCAGCUGGCUGUCUGCUCCUGCCCUCCAGGCUGGCAAGGCCCACGAUGUCAGCAGGAUGUGGAUGAAUGUGCUGGGUUCUCACCCUGUGGCUCGCAUGGUACCUGCACCAACCAGGCGGGAACUUUCAGCUGCACCUGCCACAGCGGGUAUGGUGGCCCUUUCUGUGAUCAGGACAUCGAUGACUGCGACCCCAACCCCUGCCUGAAUGGUGGCUUGUGUCAGGACGGUGUGGGCACCUUCUCCUGCUCCUGCCUCCCUGGCUUCGCUGGCCCGCGAUGUGCCCACGAUGUGGAUGAGUGUCUGAGCAGCCCUUGUGGUCCAGGCACCUGCACAGACCACGUGGCCUCCUUCACUUGUUCCUGCCCUCCUGGCUACGGAGGUUUCCACUGCGAGCAGGACAUGCCAGACUGUAGCCCUAGUUCCUGCUUCAAUGGAGGCACCUGUGUGGACGGUGUGAACUCGUUCAGCUGCCUGUGCCGACCAGGCUACACUGGUGCCCACUGCCAACACGAGGUCGACCCCUGCCUGUCACGGCCAUGUCUGAAUGGGGGCGUCUGCAGUGCCACCAACCCAGGCUUCCAUUGUGCCUGUCCCCAGGCCUUCACUGGUAACCAGUGCCAGACGCUCAUAGACUGGUGCAGCCGGGCACCCUGUCAGAACGGAGGUCGCUGUGCACAGACCGGGGCCUCCUUCUACUGCCUGUGCCCCCCAGGGUGGAGUGGCCGCCUCUGUGACAUCAGGAGCCUGCCCUGCAGGGAGGCUGCAGCCCAGAUGGGUGUGCGGCCAGAGCAGCUGUGCCAGGCGGGCGGGCGGUGCAUGGAUGAGGGCAGCACCCACUACUGCUUGUGCCCAGAGGGCCGCACGGGCAGCCACUGUGAGCAGGAGGUGGACCCCUGCCUGGCUCAGCCCUGCCAGCAUGGGGGGACCUGCCAAGACUACAUGGGGGGCUACAUGUGUGAGUGCCCCGCUGGCUACACUGGUGACAACUGUGAGGACGAUGUCAAUGAGUGUGCUUCUCAGCCCUGCCAGAAUGGGGGCUCCUGCAUCGACCUGGUGGCUCGCUAUCUCUGUUCCUGCCCCCCUGGGACACUGGGUGUGCUCUGUGAGAUCAACGAGGAUGACUGUGGGUCAGGCCUGACCCAGGAUACCGAAGCCCUCUGCCUCCACAAUGGCACCUGUGUGGACCUGGUGGGAGGCUUCCGCUGCACCUGCCCCCCAGGCUACACCGGCCUUCGCUGUGAGGCAGACAUCAAUGAAUGUCGCCCUGGCACCUGCCACUCAGCGCACACCCGGGACUGCUUGCAGGACCCAGGUGGGGGCUUCCACUGCCUUUGUCAUGCGGGCUUCACAGGUCCCCGCUGUCAGACCGUCCUGUCACCCUGCGAAUCCCAGCCGUGCCAACACGGAGGCCAGUGUCACCCUAGUCCGAGCCCAGGGGGUGCGCUGACUUUCCUCUGCCACUGCGUCCCACCCUUCUGGGGCCCCCGGUGCGAGCGGAUUGCACGAUCCUGUCGCGAGCUGCACUGCCCAGUGGGCAUCCCGUGCCAGCAGACAGUCCGUGGUCCGCGUUGCGCCUGCCCCCCAGGGCUCUCGGGACCUACCUGCCGGGGCUCCCGCGGGUCGCCGCCCGGCGGCGGAGCCACCAAUGCCAGCUGCACCUCCACCCCGUGCCUGCACGGCGGCUCCUGUCGUCCCGCGCCCCUGGCCCCCUUUUUCCUGUGUCUGUGCACGCCGGGCUGGGCUGGGCCGCGCUGCGAGGUGCCCACCGCGGCCCCCGAGGCGCCCGAGGAGCCGCGGUGCCCGCUGGCAGCUUGUCGCGCCAAGCGCGGGGACCGCCGCUGCGACCGCGAGUGCAACAGCCCGGGCUGCGGCUGGGACGGCGGCGACUGCUCGCUGAGUGUGGGCGACCCCUGGCGGCAGUGCGCGGCGCUGCAGUGCUGGCGCCUCUUCAACAACAGCCGCUGCGACCCGGCCUGCAGCUCGCCCGCCUGCCUCUACGACAACUUCGACUGCCGCUCGGGCGGCCGCGAGCGGACCUGCAACCCGGUGUAUGAGAAGUACUGCGCAGACCACUUCGCCGACGGCCGCUGUGACCAGGGCUGCAACACGGAGGAGUGCGGCUGGGACGGGCUGGACUGCGCGGGUGAGGUGCCCGCGCUGCUGGCGCGUGGGGUGCUGGUGCUCACGGUGCUGUUGCCGCCCGAGGAGCUCCUGCGCUCUAGCGCCGACUUCCUGCAGCGGCUCAGCGCCAUCCUGCGCACCUCGCUGCGCUUCCGCCUGGAUGGCAACGGACAGGCCAUGGUCUUCCCUUACCACCGGCCGGGCAAGGAGCCUCGGGCGCGACGGGAGCUGAUCCCAGAGGUGAUCGGCUCUGUGGUCAUGCUGGAGAUUGACAAUCGGCUGUGCCUGCAGUCACUGGAGAAUGACCACUGCUUCCCAGACGCCCAGAGCGCAGCCGAUUACCUGGGCGCCCUGUCGGCAGUGGAGCGCCUGGACUUCCCAUACCCGCUGCGGGCUGUGCGGGGUGAGCCCUUGGAGCUGCCAGAGCCCAGCGUGCCGCUGCUGCCGCUGCUGGCCGCGGGCGCCGUCUUCCUGCUGGUCAUCCUGCUCCUGGGUGUGAUGGUGGCCCGACGCAAGCGUGAGCACAGUACCCUGUGGUUCCCCGAGGGCUUCGCGCUGCACAAGGACGUGGUUGCAGGCCACAAGGGCCGGCGGGAGCCUGUGGGCCAGGAUGCGCUGGGCAUGAAGAACAUGGCCAAGGGUGAGAGUCUGAUGGGGGAGGUGGCCGCAGACUGGAUGGACACCGAGUGCCCCGAGGCCAAGAGGCUGAAGGUGGAAGAGCCCAGUGUGGGGGCUGAGGAUGCUGUGGACUGUCGCCAGUGGACUCAGCACCACCUGGUUGCCGCGGACAUCCGUGUGGCCCCAGCCAUGGCACUGACACCACCUCAGGGCGACGUGGACGCCGACGGCAUGGACGUCAAUGUGCGCGGCCCAGAUGGCUUCACUCCGCUAAUGCUGGCCUCCUUCUGUGGGGGGGCUCUGGAGCCGAUACCGGCUGAGGAGGAUGAGGGUGAUGACACAUCGGCCAGCAUCAUCUCGGACCUGAUCUGCCAGGGCGCCCAGCUGGGGGCACAGACCGACCGCACUGGUGAGACGGCCCUGCACCUGGCUGCCCGCUACGCCCGGGCUGAUGCGGCCAAGCGGCUGCUGGAUGCUGGGGCGGACACCAAUGCCCAGGACCACUCAGGCCGCACACCCCUGCACACAGCUGUCACCGCCGACGCCCAGGGUGUCUUCCAGAUUCUCAUCCGGAACCGCUCCACAGACCUGGAUGCCCGCAUGGCAGACGGCUCCACUGCACUGAUCCUGGCGGCCCGCCUGGCAGUGGAGGGCAUGGUGGAAGAACUCAUUGCCAGCCACGCGGAUGUCAAUGCAGUGGAUGAGCUUGGGAAAUCAGCCUUACACUGGGCUGCUGCCGUCAACAAUGUGGAGGCCACCUUGGCCCUGCUCAAAAAUGGAGCCAACAAGGACAUGCAGGACAGCAAGGAGGAGACACCCCUGUUCCUGGCUGCCCGUGAAGGCAGCUUUGAGGCUGCCAAGCUGCUGCUGGACCACUUUGCCAACCGUGAGAUCACCGACCACCUGGACCGGCUGCCGCGAGACGUGGCCCAGGAGCGGCUGCACCAGGACAUCGUGCGGUUGCUGGACCAGCCCAGCGGGCCUCGCAGCCCUCCUGGCCCCCAUGGCCUGGGCCCCCUGCUAUGCCCACCUGGGGCCUUCCUCCCAGGCCUCAAGGCAGCACCUUCAGGGGGCAAGAAGAGCCGGAGACCCCCUGGGAAGGCAGGGCUGGGGCCUCAAGGGGCUCGGGGCCGGGGCAAGAAGCUGACACUGGCUUGCCCCGGGCCACUGGCAGAUAGCUCUGUUACCCUUUCGCCCGUGGACUCGCUGGACUCCCCUCGGCCCUUUGGGGGACCCCCUGCUUCCCCUGGGGGUUUCCCCCUUGAGGGGCCCUAUGCAGCUGCCACUGCCACAGCGGUCUCUCUGGCACAGCUUGGGGGUGCUGGGCGGGUGGGUCUAGGGCGCCAGCCACAGGGGGGCUGUGUGCUCAGCCUGGGUCUGCUGAACCCUGUGGCAGUACCCCUUGACUGGGCCCGCCUUCCUCCACCAGCCCCUCCAGGCCCCUCCUUCCUGCUGCCCUUGGCCCCAGGUCCCCAGCUGCUGAACCCUGGGACCCCCGUUUCCCCCCAGGAGCGGCCCCCACCGUACCUUGCUGUUCCAGCACAUGGAGAGGAAUAUGUGGCAGCUGGAUCCCACAGCAGCCCCCAUAAGGCCCACUUCCUGCGGGUCCCCAGCGAGCACCCUUACCUGACCCCCUCCCCUGAGUCCCCGGAGCACUGGGCCAGUCCAUCGCCCCCUGCCCUCUCCGACUGGUCCGACUCCACGCCCAGCCCAGCCACGGCCGCUGGGGCCACAGCUGCAGCGACACUGCCUGCCCAGACUCUCCCCUUGACUGUCCCUGGGCCCCUCACUCAGACUCAGACCCAGACCCAGCUGGCACCCCACCCAGAGGUCCCCCCCAAGAGGCAGGUGCUGGCCUGA